AUGACGACCGCUUGCAGAGUGAUUGUCCGGAUCCGGCCGCUAGACGUGGAGAACAAGUCACCCGGUCGGCCAAUGGCCUUGGAAUGGCAUGCUUCGGAGGACCAUCUAUCAGAUCAGAUAGUAUCUUUCUCAGGAGGAGUGCCCUCUGCGGACAACAACUCUACAGGACCCAGCUCUAGCACAUUCCUGUCUACGAGUCUCAUCUCCGAUACCGGCGGAUUCGCUACCUCGCGAACGGUACCCCCGGGGUCUACUAUGAACUCAACCAUGGGAUCAACUCCGGGUUCAGCCACGGGUUCAACCACGGGUUCAGCCAACUUAGGUAUUGGAAAAAGCUGGAGUAACAAGACGGUGUAUAUUCCAUCUCUGGGGAUAGAAUAUGAAUACGAUAGAGUUCUUACACCGGACGAGGACCAGAAAACUACUUAUGAUGCUGUGUGUCAGGAUCUGAUCCGACAGUUUCUUUCAGGGAUAAAUUGUACCGUGUUAGCCUACGGUCAGACAGGUACUGGUAAGACGUAUACUAUUGGAACGAAUGCGCAAGAUGAUACUAAAAAUAGGGGUCUUGUAGUUAGAGCCGUUUGCGAAAUAUUUCAAAGGACUAUACAAAAGACCACCGACCCCCCUAUGGAUGGUAUUGACCCCCCUAUGGAUGGUAUUGACCCCCCUAUGGAUGGUAUUGACCCCCCUAUGGAUGGUAUUGACCCCCCUAUGGAUGGUAUUGACCCCCCUAUGGAUGCCGGGGAACAUUCUGGACAAUGGAAGCAUUCAAUCCACAUAACUUUUAUAGAAUUGUACAAUGAUGAAAUACUUGAUCUUCUAAAUCCCAGUUUUACCAAGAUCAAUAAUCGAACAGCCAUCAAAAUUAGUCAGUCUGUUGACAACAAUUCCAUCCAACUAUCAGGCAUCAAAUAUGCACCUUGCGACGCGGCCGCGGCAGCCUUAAACUUGCUCAAAACCGGAGUCUUACAUCGUAAAACAUCCAGCAAUUCCUUGAAUAGCACAUCCAGUAGAAGUCACGCUAUUUAUACUAUCUGGCUCAAGCAACAUAACUUAACGGACGGAACCAUUCUGUACAGCAAAUUCCACUUCGUCGAUUUAGCAGGAAGUGAACGCGUUAAAAGAACACAAGCUACCGGCAAUACGCUGCGCGAAGGGAUUUACAUUAACAGUGGGCUGUUGGCAUUGUCGAACGUGAUAAACGGAUUGACGCAUCAAGAAACAAGUCACAUACCGUACCGUGAUUCGAAGCUGACGCGCAUUUUGCAGGACUCCUUGGGCGGGAAUAGUCGAACAGUAUUGGUGGCUUGUGUUAGUCCUCGGCGUGAAGAUUUGGCGGAAACAUGUAGCACCCUCAAGUACGCCGGGCGAGCGCGACAUAUCAAGAACCGUGCCGUUGUCAACGCACGUAAGAGCGACGGCGAUACGCGUGAACUCAGACUCCAACUUGCCACUGCACUGAAGGAACUGGAAAUGCUCAAACGUAGCAAUCGGGCACCGCCGGGUACUGGAGGACCGCCGGGUACUGGUGGUGCUCGAGGUCAAGGCCCAGACUCUACUGGGGGAGACGAGGGGGAGAUGAGAAGACUGCUUUCGAAAAUAACGUUGUUGGAGAAAGAGAAGCAAGUACUAUCAGCCCAACUGAACAAGUACCGCCUUAAGUGCGCGCAACUUCUGGAAGAUGCCAAACUUAUCUCUCCUGCACUCCAUGAUGGUGUCCUCGUCGAGGACCAGCCCAUGGACGACGGAAUUGACCCCAGUCCUACAGCGCGUGACCAACCGAUGCUCGAUUCGCCUGCUGGUCGUGACGCAGAAGGGGGCGGUGAGGAGGCUGGCGACAGCACGGAGAAUACGACGGGGGUGGAAGAGGGGGCUGAGCCUCGGGAGCAGCUCUUGACGGACUGUGAUCGGUUGGAGACGGCCAUUCGUACGACGAGUGACCUGAUAAGCGGGACGGCAGUGGAACAAGGUUGUUGGGAGGAGCUGGUAGUCAUGUUGAAGAAGGAGAUCCAGGUGCUGAAUGACCGGUUGCACGCUGGCGAAGACCAGAUGCGGCUGUUGACGGACAAAAUUGUAGAAUUGGACACGAUUACCUUCGCCGAGGAGGUCUGCACUCCGGUCCACCCAUGCAGUCGUGCGUUACGUACAUCCAGCUGCGUCGAAACCGCAGCAGCGGAAACAAAAGCAGCGACAAAUCGUGGUGAUUGCGCGUCGGUGGUGUUGCACACACGUUUGGCGAACGAACGGAGAGAAGCUAUCAGCCACGCCGAUCGUAUAAAGUCCUUAAACAGCGAGCUCGCCGCCGUUAACCAGCGGCGAGAGGAUGCUGUUCAGCGUAUGGCUGCACAUGAAAAAGCCCUGGUCAAACUACAAAAGGAGAAGGAGGCUAUCAAGAAAUUGAUUAAAGAACAGGAAUUAAAACACCUAAGAAAACUGGGUGAGAAAAACAAGCAAAUUCAUGACCUAGAAAAGAAGGCAGACGCCAAUGAAGCAAAGGCAAAGGAAUUACAGUCACAAAACCGUUCGCUGAGCAAGAGACUUCAGUUACUCUCUAGAAGAUCAUCUUUAAAUAAGAGAGAUGAAACUUCUAUACACGCCUUGGUUGAGGAAUUAGGUUCCAUAAAGACUACAGAAUAUAAGUUACAGGACGCAAAAAAUGAGCUAGAGGAAAAACGGCAACAACUCCAACAUGAAAUUUCCCUGGUCAUGACUAACAUUACUAAGUUGAGCUGUAAGGGCUUGUGUGUCAGAACCACGGGUCGUGAAAUGGGGCGGAAUCGAACCGAGAAUCGAGGUCGAGACGAACUGGAAAUUGAGAGGAUGAGAGAGAAUCUCAGCCAGCUGCAAAUGAAUCUGUCCUUUGUAAAGACAGAUCUCGAUGACGUUGUCGAAAGGCUGGGAAAGAAGUCGGAUGUUCAAUCCCACUUUGAAAAGCUAAAAGCUCUUAAUCAGGGGGCACCAGACUCAGUGCUAUCUGUUGUUCUCAACCUGUACUAUGUUGCUCUCUACGAACUAUUCAAGGUCUCCCAUCAGAUUGAGUCCCAUCUUUCGUUGAUUCGAAAACUCAAAAUAGAUAUUGCAAGGUUGCAAAAAGAGUCAGUAGCCCUCAAGACUGAUAUGGAGGACAAGGCAACGGAUCUCAUGCUCAAAUGUAAUGAGGACAAGCUGCUUUACAUGCAGAUUCUCGGCGUAGGAACAAACACCAACGGCUAUACAAACCCAAGUGGCGCGGGAUCGAGGAGUCAGAACGGCGCUCUUCGCAAAAGCCGGUCGUGGCCCUCCUUGUCCCGCGACGUUCCCACGGUGGCCCUGGCACACGAUGGCGAGCUGGACGACGACUCCUUCCUGCUUCGGUGUCAAAAUCAACUACUGAUGGAGCGUGUCGGGUUGCUCACUCAAAAGUGCGAGCGACCACCCAAGCUACCCCCAAGCGGUGCGGUUACCCCCGAUGUCGACUACCUGGUGCGGUCGAAGAGCGAAGACCCGGCUGAAGGACUUAUUCGAGAUCAUCUGCCCGAGACUGACGACUUGACCAGGAACGGGGCCCCGGCGAAGUGUGAACUGUCAUCGGACAAAGGCCUCAAACGCAUCCCGACGGGUAACCCCUUGUUGGCAGUCACCCCGGUAGUCGCCUGCCCCCAAUUACUACAAGGCGCGGCCGGCUCGCCUCCUCGCAAGAGUCCCAGUCCACGCUUGAUGCCUGGACCCUGCAAGUCUGCCCCCAGUGGGUCUAUCCCCCCCAGUGGGUCUAUCCCCCCCAGUGGGUCUAUCCCCUGUGUGUCCAACCCCUGUGUGUCCAACCACUGUGGGUCUGGACCUGGGCCUAGGGAGGAUGGUGGUCGCUCGCCCAAGUCGGACGCGGAAGCAAGUCCAAGUUUGCGUCCUUUGAGUCCAAUGACUUCGCGGAGUACAAGUCCUCAUCGUAGUCCGGCUCGAGCGCACAGCACCAUGACAUUGAGUCCGCGGCCAUUGGGCCGUCGUUACAAGCGCACGUUGACGCGUAGUUCGCAGCCGGACGCAUGUAGUUCAUUGGGGUUUACUUUGACGAAGAUUUCGGAGCCGUUAACAUUGGCUGAUUCCAAGAUAACUUCCGUGACUUCUACAAUGCGUUCGCAGCAUCUGGCAUGUGGAUCGUGGCAGACGGUGUCUAUUUGGGAUGUGCGCAGUUUAUCGCGUAUAAGGAGCGCGAGGAGCGGAUCGGGAGCGGCGUCCGUUGCGCCAGUUGCGCAGUGGAAGUGUGCGGAUCAUGGGGGGUAUGUGAGUUGCGUAAAAGACGUGGAGUCGUUGCGUGUUCUGGCGGUUAGUUGCAACAAUAAGGUAUUAUUGGUCGACCCGCGCACGUGUGUGGUCAUUAAAUCUUGGACUGCUAAGGCUGCCUGUAAAUCUAUCUGUGUCAUCCGCGACUCCUUUCUGGGUGCGUCCUUCAGCGAUGGCAGCAUCCGACUCUUGGACGCUCGUGCCGAUGAGAUGGUGCCCAUAUGCAAGGUCCCUCUCAACGAAGGAGAGUCAUCUGAAAAACUGGAAUGGCUAAACAACUUCGGCAACAUGAGCUGCCGCAACUUCCCCCUUGAACUGCUCGAGGGCCUGGUCUCCGCUUCGAACUUGGGUGUUGUGAAAGUUUGGACGGAGGGAUGGUCCGUACUGCCCUCUGUACAUCAACUGGGUAAUAUCCAGUGUCUCAAGACACAUCGCCUCGGCUCCCACUACCUUACCUUCGUCUGUUGCACCAAAGACCCGAACUUACGGGUCUGGGUCUCAUCCGGUAGGCAACACCGCCUCCUCGCAGGCGUCCCGCUUCCCACCGGCCUGGCCAAUGGUACCAUGAUCAGCGGUACGACGGGAGGCAAGACAGGCGGCCUGUCCUCCAGCAGCAGUCUCUCUUCGGCCUGCGCCUCUAGCGGCGACCAGCUCACCGGAACCGAAAACUCCUCGGACACCCCGGCUGCUAACGCCAACGCCACCUUGGCCGCCACGGCCCUGGCCGUCGUCGACGACCUCAGCAUCACCGGCAACGCCGGCGGCAAAAUGAGACUCUGGAGAUGGAACCAAAUCCUCGGUGAAGAACACGUCGCCAACAAUCGCCUCGCACACACCAGCGCCGUCACCGGCAUCGUAGCCCUGCGAACAUCCGGCAAAGACAUCUGCCUACUCACCGUCGCAAACAACGUUUUGAAACACGCAGUGCUCAGCAGGCAGUAA